CUGAAAAAUAUUUUUGUUUAAAUUAACUUGACUAUUGAGAAAGUGUUUUUUUUGUGUGAAAGAAACCAAAAAAAACUAUAAACAAACAAACAUUUACACAAAAUGAUUAGUUAUAAAAUGAAAAUGAAAAUUUAUGUUUUAUCCAUAUCAUUAAUGUUAUAUAUUUGUUAGAAAUAUGUCAUAUAAUAUUCAAAUGACUACAGUUUCUUCAUCUACAGUUCAAUCAACUACAUUAAAUAAUUCUUAUCCUACUACUAUUACUACUACUACUUGUGGUACUACCACUACUACUACUAAUAAUAAUACUUAUAUGCCAACUACAAUAUCAAAUACGUUUCAAUCAUGUAUUCAAACUGAAUUAUCAGAUAAUCAUUAUCUGUUUGAUGUACAUAAAACAAAAGAUGAUUCUAUGAAUAAUAAAUUAUAUACAGUUGAUCAUUUAAUAAAAUCAACAUCAAUAAAAUCAAAAUCGAAACGUCUAGAAAAACAUGUUACAUUAUCUGAUGAAAUAUUAGAUGUAAAUUAUCCACCAUUUCUUCAACAUCAUUAUAUAAAAUCUAAUGAUUAUUAUAAUAAAUUUAAUAUUGAUAAUUUAGAUAAUAAAAAUAAUAAAAAUUUAACUAAUAUAGAUCAUAAUUAUCCAUUAUCAAUUAAUCCAACUAUUCCACAUAUGUCAACGGAUAAAAUAAGUACAGCAAGUCUUGGAAGUAUGGUAAAAUAUUGUACAGAUAAUCAUGAUGAAUCUUCGACUACACUCAUUUUAUCACGUUUAGAAAAAUUAACGCUUAAAGAUUUUGCAUCUGAAGUGAGAGCGAAUCUGGAUAUUGAUAUGUUUAUAAAAGAAGCAACUCUUUUAUUGGAUUUGGAUGGAUCCACCUUAGAGGAUAUAAUUAGUUCAAUGUUAGAAGCAGUUUUUAAUAAUCGUCCUAUUGUUGAUACAGCAACAUCAACAACAACAAAUACAACAGCGAAUAUGACACCAAGUAGUCCUAGUUCUCCUGAUGACACCGAUUCAGUUCAAUGGUCAAGAACUUCAGCGACUACAACUAGUGGUUUUGGACCAAAAGUAAAUUUUUCAAUAACUGGAAAUUCAGAUAAAACUAAUUUAUCAAAACUGGAUAUUGAAAAUAUGAAACUUGAAGCUAAAAAUUCUCUUCUGAUGCAGAUUAAUUAUGAGGGAUAUACAUAUCAAAGGCUCGCAAAAACAAUUAAAGGAGUUUCACUGAGAGAUGGUGAUUGUUUGUCAACCGAUCAAAGUUGGAUUUGUGCCAUGUGUUCAUUAAGAUCAAUUCAUAAACGUUAUCUUGCUUUGGCACGAUUAAAUAAUCCAGUUAAUUUUGGCAGGUCAAGUGAAGGAACUUAUUUGAUUGUACUUAUAAUAACACCAACGAAAGAGAAAGGUACAAAAAGUGAAAUUGAAGUUGGUCGAACGUUUGGCACAAUUCUAUCUGAUCCAAUAUUUCGGCAAGAAUUAUUAUUUGCUACUGAUGAAAAAGAAGUAAAAUUACUAUUAUGGGAUAGAGCACAACAAUUGGCAGCGCAACAGUCAACUGAUAGACGUAGAUCAUCACAAUAUCUUGAUAUUAGGAAUCAAACUAUUGAUUUGAGUUCUCAAUCAAAGAUUGGCAAAGGAAUUUACUUAGAUCUAAAGCGUAAAAUUCCAUAUUAUUGGUCGGACAUAACUGAGGGCAUCUGUGGAAAAAAUACUAUGCGUAAAACAAUAUCAACCAUUAUAUUCCUAUACUUUGCUUGUCUACUUCCUUCAAUUGCAUUUGGAUUAUUGAAUUCCAAAAAUACUGAUAAAAAGAUGGAAUUGAUAAUCAAAUAUCAAAUUACUUUACAUUUAUUUUUAAUUAUUCACAUAGAUAAUUAUAAUUUUGAUGUUACACGUGUAAUAAUGGGUCAAACGAUAGGUGGAUUAUGUUAUGGAGUUUUUGGAGGUCAACCAUUACUUGUACUUUUAUCAACAGCUCCAUUAGCAUUAUACAUAAAAAUUAUUUAUACCAUAUCUGAAACAUAUUCCAUUAAUUUUUAUGCAAUGUAUGCAUGUAUUGGAUUGUUUAAUAGUUUAUUUUUAAUCAUUUAUUCUGUUUGUGGAUUUAGUCGUUGGAUGAAAUGGUCUACAAGAUCGACAGAAGAGAUAUUUGCUAUGUUUGUUUCAAUGGCAUUUUUAUACGAUGCUGGAAACGAUUUAUAUGCAACGUUUCAAGAAAAUUAUCAUUGUAAUUUAUUAACAAAUUAUUCAUUAGUAUCAAAUGAAACUUUGAAUAUUCAGGGAUUUCAUAUAAAUUUCAUUCAUUCAAAUUAUUCAUUUAAUAAAAUUUCUAUAGAAAAUUGUCCUGAAAUAUUACCAUCCAAAUCAUUCCCAUCAUCAUCUUCAUCUUCAUCAUCAACGUCCUCUACAUUGCCAUCGUUACCAUCACAACAUACAAAUAGAAAUAUUACAAUUAUCCAGUCAGGAUGUCAACGUGAAGUUGCACUAGUUUAUUUAGUUUUACUUCUAGGUACAGUAUGGAUUGCAUUGAAUCUUUUAAAUUUUACUAAAACAUUUUAUGAUCACAAAUUCCAUCGGUUCAAUUCUAAUGUAACCGCAUAUACAUACAUAUAUAUCUAUAUUCAUUUAGCGAAGGCUAUAAAAAGUGAUCUACCAUUUCUAACUGCUACAAAACGGGAAAUAUUAACAGACUUUGCUUUACCUAUAGCAGUCAUUAGUAUGUCACUUGUUGGAUCCUUAAUAUUUGGUGACAUAAAAUUAAAACCAUUUGAAGUUGAACCAUCCGAUUUUAUGUUGAGCAAAGCCCCAUUGAACUUAUUAAGUUGGCCUGCCGUACUCGGAUCUAUCGGUAUAGCAAUCCCAUUAUCGCUAUUAUUUUAUAUGGAACAAAAUAUUGCCAGUGCUAUCCUGAAUUCCCCAUCUAAUAAGCUAAGAAAAGGACCAUCAAAUCAUUGGGAUUUGUUUGUCAUAGCACUUAUCAACAUUAUAUUAUCAAUAUUUUGUCUUCCAUGGGUUCAUGCAGCUUUACCUCAUACUCCAUUACACGUGAAAGCCUUAGCGGAUAUGGAAGAGCAUGUUGACGGUGGACAUCAUAUUAAACAAACUGUUAUUCGAGUACGUGAAACAAGAUUAACAUUAUUUAUUUCACAUGUACUCAUUGGAUUAUCAUUAGCGAUGAUACCUUAUCCAUUGAUCUAUAUACCUCCACCUGUAUUAAAUGGUCUAUUUAUUUAUAUGGCUAUAACAGCUUUACAAGGCAAUCAAAUGUUUGAAAGAAUAUUACUUUUUAUUACAGAACAAUCGGCUUAUCCACCAUCACACUAUAUAAGACGUGUACCACAAAGAAAACUCCAUUUAUUCACAUUUUUUCAGUUAAUACAAUUGGGAUUUCUAUGUGCAUUUGGAUUUGCACCUAGUCCAUAUGUGAAAUUAAUAUUUCCUGUAAUACUUGUUGUACAAAUAGUUUUAAGACAUACACUUAUUCCUAAAGCUAUUGAUUCUAAAUAUCUUGAGGCUCUGGAUCGUCAUUUUUAA